UCAUGUGCAGUGACGCAUUAUUGGCUCCACCCACAAUGCAACGAAGACAAGGGAACCUCCAAGACAAGAGGACCAAAAGCUCUACUAUAAAACUAGCAUUACACCGAUGAUUAUUUCAUUCUGAGGACACCGAUUCAGCGAAACUUUUUAACUCGAGAUUUUUUAAAGUAGACGGAAUUCGACUGCGAUUCUUAGAGUCAGCUAUAUUUCCAGACAUUCUCCUCGUCGGGGAAAAAGCGACGCCCUCAGGCCGCCGGCGGUACUGCAGGUGCCGGUGAGUUGUAAGUGAGACACCGGGAGUCUGAAUAAUUUAACGGUGGAAAAUGAGCUCAGAGGAGGCGGCAGCUCCAACUAAAACCAGCACAGAUGAGGAUGGCAUGUCCUGGUGGUACCGCUGGAUCUGCAAACUGGCUGGUGUCCUGGGUGGCAUAUCAUGUGCAACAAUGGGAGUUUGGAAUUGUGUGACUGUGAAUCCGUUAAACAUCGCGGCUGGAGUUUGGAUGGUGUUGACGGCGUUUGUGUUGUUCCUGUGCGAGGUGCCGUUCUGUUGUCAGUUCGUUGAGUUUGCAAAUGUAGUUGCGGCUCGUGCCGAUCGCCUGAAGCCCUGGCAGAAAGCCCUGUUUUACUGCGGGUUGGCGCUGUUUCCCAUCUUUCUGAAGUUUUCCAUGACAACUCUGUUUGGUAAUGCCAUCGCUUUUGCUACCGGAGUGCUGUACGGACUCGCAUCCCUUGGAAAGAAAGGCGACGCGGUGAGCUACGCUCGAUUGCAGCACCAAAAACAGGGCGACGAAGAGAAACUGACAGGAACGACAGAUGGUUCUGUGCCGUGAAUCUCUUCUCUCCACCUCCUUCACCACCUCAUUGCGUCCUUUCCCUCUUGUUUUCCCUUAACAAUAAGAUGCAUUACCUGACUGAGGUGUUUCACGGUUUGUUGGGAUGUAUUUAAGCUAACCUUUGACGACUGACAGACGAGUCAGUCAGUGGAAAUCAGUUCUAUGGUUUGUUUGUGUAGGAUUUAUUUAAUAAAAUGGGUUUUAAGUGAAUAUUUUCAUUUGCGUUCUCGUGCACAGGUAUUAUUUAAAUGCAUUUAAUUUAAUUUUUUUCUCGCUUUAUAAAAACCGACAUGUUUUCAUUUACAUUUAAUUUUACCAAACCCAGAGCAGGAUGAAUGCAUUAUGUUCAGCUACCAUCUCUUUCUUUGUCUUUCGGAUCAAACCACCUCAAAACCAGCGCAGGGAAUUGGAACUUUAGCCAUUCCCCCCUCCUAGAAUUCUUUGUUCUGUAGAUGAGAAAAAAAGACAGAUAAGGGCCGGUGUGGUGCCGAAUUCCUACCCCUGACAAAUUAUUACCCCCCUAGUGUUGGUAGGUUUAGGAUUAGGUGUGGGGGAGGGGUUAGGAUUAGGGGUGGGGUUAGGAUUAGGCAAUCAGAUAGCGACUUCAACGAGGGGGGUAAUAAUUUGGCAGGGUGUCGAAAUUAAGCACAACACCGUUUCACACAGAAUGCGUUUUUACAUUCUACUGCACUACUUUUCCAUCGUUUCUCUACGUAAAUGUGCUAGAUGGACGUUUUUGACCAUUGCGUUCACGUCUUUUGCAGCAUCUUGCGCAUGACGCAGCGUCAUUUUGUUUUCAUGGGGGGCACAGAUUUUUAUAAUCCGAGAAAUAGACUUUCACCAAAACAAUAACAUCCCGUAUUAUUACUAAAAUAGAAGACACAAAAGGUUUAAAUUCCUCUGACAACACAAUGAUAAAAACAAUACAUACCAAAUAGUAGUGAUGGGAGAAACGAAGCUUUUCAAAGCUUCGAAUCAAUUGAACCAAUUGCUGCGCAAAAUGAUUCACUGUUUCGAAGCGUUCGAAACACCACACGCUGGUGACGCCUGCUGGUCAAAACAGUGUAAAUGCAACAAAAACUCAUGCCAAACGUGCAUAAAAACAGCUUUUACAAACCUAUUGCAAAAGUUUUAUUGAAAGUAUAAUCUAUCAGAUGUAAUUAACUAAUCAUCUAAUACCAUUAAAUAUUAAGUGUCUGUAUAAAAUAAUUUUCAGGGCUUGUUUUGUUUAUUCUAUGGAUGGGUCAGCUAAACAGACCAUUAACUACUAUUAUUCUUUUAAAUUAUACAAAUACCUCAUUAAAACGUCUACAAAUGUGUAAAACUCAUCAUAGAUCAGGUAAUAGACACUUUUAGACACUUAGUCCUCAGGUAAUAGACAGACACUUGUUCAAUGAUUCGCAGCUGGGGGGGCGAUUUCAGUGAAACUGCAUGAUUCAUGGGUUCACAGAGAUCGCCCCCAGUGGUAAACCACUGAAAUUUCGAAACGUUUCGAAACAGUUAUGAUGUAACGAAGCCUCAUUUACUAAAAUCACGUGACUUUGGUAGUUUGAAACACGCUCCGAACCACUGAUUCGAAACAAAAGAUUCAUAAAGGUUUCAAAGCUUCACGAAGCAGUGUUUCGAAAGCGCCCAUCACUACCAAAUAGCAUUAAAAUAUGUCCAUCUGUAGCAUAUUGAUGUCUAACAAAGACUUUGAGUGUACACUCACCAUUAAAACAGUUGAAGGCGGUGGGUCUCUGAGUGAUAGUCAUUUAUAAAUAUAGCCUAAUUAUGUUUCAAGUUCUGUUUUGUAAUAAUCCAUUAAAUAUGAAUUUUCUGAUCAUAGGCGGACUCCAGGGAAAGUCUAAGGAGAUGUGCUUCCCGUUUAAAAACACAUUUUAAUAAGUAACUUGAAACUAUUUCAAGGAAAUCUGUCACUGCACAACCUACAUAUAAACACUGCUGAUAAAUUAUGUUAAUAAAGCGUCUGCGUUCACAAACCACUGUUAAUCUUAACAGAUUACAUACUGUACGCGGGAUUUGGCAUCUCAGAAAGCGCGCAAAGAGCGUUCCCUUUAUAAUCACUAAAAAGCUGUCACUCAUCUUCAUCGCGAUCUCAAGCAGCAUAAAUGAAGCUGACUGUUAUAAUUACAGGAUAUUUGCACUCACCGCUCAAAAUGCCAAUGCUAACUUAAACGCCUCUGAUUGGUCCUUGUGUUCAAGAAAUCAACAGAUAUGUUUGUGAUUGGCUACAAUGCUCAACGCUGCAAAAACACGUUGUAAACAAGAUCCUUCAUUAUGGAAUACGAAUUGCCAAAUCCACAGAAAUAAGGUUUUUGCUUUCAAUUGUAAAUUUGCUGAAUGACCAUACGAUUUGGGGGGCACUGUCCCCCAAUGCCCCCCUUGGCAACAGUCCUGAUAGACAAUGUCAUCGUCCUCAAGUUAUGUUCAACUUUUAACUGUAAAAAACGCGUUCUGUGUGAAUGGCCCCUAAUCCUUUAAAAGAGCGAACAAACUUGUAUUUUAAUGUGUAAGCAUGGUAAAAAUGUGUUUCAGCGAUUGCAGGUGUGUUUACGGCCACUGCAGGGAUAAAAACUAGUAUGUUUGUGUGUUUUUUUUAUGCCUCUGCUAACUGGCCUUUACCCAGAAUCCUUUGCUGCAGCAUGUUUGGUGUUCAUAAGAAAUGGUGGAAUGUAAUUUUGCUACGCGCACUGCUCACUUUCUUUAUUUCGUAUUUGGUGAAAGAGUGUCUUGAUCAAGUGGUUUCUGGUUGUUUCCUUUAGAAGCUUGUAUGAGUCUAAUUCUGAACGAUGAGACGCAUUUAAAGUGGUUUACGUUCUGUCUUCAGUCUUAACUUUCCUCUAAAGCCAUCUGUCUGUUGCUGCACUGAAGAAGGGCUUCUUUUCCGGAAUAUAAAACGAUUCAGUUUGUUAAUGCUGUGAUGACAUGUUGUUUGCUCAUUUCUGCAUCUAUCUGAGCCAGUCUCAACACUGACCCACUGGUAUGAAAGCCAAAGUUACAAACGACAAGACAAAAGAACUAUAAUGCGGAGGUCAGAGGUCAUUCUGUCCCGUUCUUACCUUAGUGUUCACGCUGUUACUUAUGGAACCUUGUUUCCACCAGGGAGUUAUAUAUAUAACGAAAGGUAAUUGCGACAAUUCUUACUUUUUUUCACGCAAUUGCAAGUUUAUAUCUCACAAUUCUGACUAUUUCCUCAGAUAUCUGUCAAGCAUAUGUCUUGAAUAUGUGUCACCCACAAAACUAAUAAUUUAUUUUCAUGACAAUUAAAGGUACACUGUCUACAUAACUUUUGGCCCUCUAGUGGUUAAAAAAACAAAACUGCAUGUAUUUUGCAGAAGAACAUUGUUUUUGAUGUUCUUCGGCUCUGCGUGACUGUGUGGAUGAAUAUGAUCCAUCACAAUAGAUAAUGCUUUACAGUUAACUCUGCUAAAGAGGUUCAGAUUUCCCAGGAGGACUUAAACACACCAUUAUUUAUCACUAACUUUGGGUACAAUCCCUCCAGUAGCUGUAGCCCAUCUGUAGAGGAGUUUAUAACAAGUCACUAUGAUAUUGAAAGCAAAAUUUUCCUCAAGAUGCAAGUCAUCAACAUAACUAAAGGCUUCUGUAUGACCUGACAAACACAACACUAAUGACUGAAAGAAGGGAAGAUAUUUUGAAACACCAAACUUGUUCCGCACAACCUAAACUUGAAUUUGUAAUUAGAUGUUAAGCGGUGAUUUUGUCCCUUAUGUGUAUUUGUGUUGGAUCAGUGACAUGUAACUGAUUGACUUUGCAAUGAUGUGUACAAAAAGGUCUGGGAUUAAGAGACUUUUUUCUCUGUUUUUCUUCAUGAGCUAAAUAAAGAAAUGUCUUUGA